GAAAAUGUGUCAACUGUUGCAAAUAAUAUAUGAUCACCAUAUAGUAGAGCUACUCUAUUUCUUAUGAUGAUUAUAUUGUGCAUUGACCCCGAAUGACUUAUUUCCUGCUAAACAGUCACUAUUGAAAGACACCCAUAAUUGAUUAAAAGCUAAUAUGUAGUGCUUCUUAUUUAUUUAGAAUUUCUUCUUUGAUUUCUUUCUUUUAUGUAAGUCAGUCAUCUCAGAAUGACCUUGACAGAACACAAACAAUACACACUUGUUAUUUCAUGUUUUCAGUGUAACUGGUGGAGUACAUCAGUUAUAAUAAGUAAAAUAAUGUUCAAUGAAUCGUGGCACAUGGUGACAAAGGAUCAUCAUUGUUAGUCGCUCAUGAACAAGCCUUGACCUCAUGCUGGAUGAUAAUAUGUGAGUCAUCUUUUACAUGAAGCUUUUACCAAAAGUCUUCUCCUAGGGUCCUCAUAUCUUAUGCUGAGCAGAAAAAUCUACAGAUUCACGGAUCUCAAGGACGAGUGGCCAAGGCAGCCGCCAGAGGGUGUCAUCACCACACUGCGGGAUGACCCCAUGGAGACGGAGCCUUUGCCGCCUCCGCCUCCUUUCAUCCAACCGAUGGAGUUGGACUCGCCCACACUGCAGCAGCCGAUGACUUCUACAUCUGGUUAUGGGCUUCAGGAGGUGGAUGCAUACCCCUCUGGUCAUUUUCCAGGGGAUGUUUCCAUAAGAGUGAAUGCUGGAUGGUGGGAUACGACCGGAAGCCUGACGUCCUCUGCAGCCACAGCUCCCAGUCCAGUGUAGCAUCCACACUCCUGCCUCCCCUGUUGUUGUUGAGCUACUUAAACAACGAUGGUCUGUCACUUUGGGGGAGAGGGAGCUGGGGUGUGCAGUAAUGUUCUGGUGUAAAAGUCAAGCGCCGGCACAAUUGUCAGGAAUGGUAGAGCAGAGAGGGCUCUGAAGAAGACAUCAGCCAAUAGUAUGCUGACCAAGCCCUUUCUAGGUUGACACCGAGACAGCAGCACCCUCUAGGUGAAGAGAACAUAAGCGCCGUGAUGCCUGGCCCUGGCCCAGUUGAAGACUAGUUGUUCUAUGAGCUCCACAGCAGCAACUUAGGAACUAUAUUCGUUUCACUUGCAUUAGGAAUUAUGUAUACUGAAGAGAUUUUCUUAUUUUGUCUAUAUUGCUCAAAGUUAAGAAUUGUCAUUUAUCUUACUGUAACAAAAAUUCAGUAAUACGAUUUGCUUGAAUUGUCUAGCGAUCCAAGAAAGCAGGUUUCUUAAGUUCAUCAUAUUCAACAAGUAGGCAAGACACAAUAGUGAGCUCUUUUAUUCUAAUUCUAUAUUUAUUAACAAACAUUAAUGGUAACUACCAAAUGUAAAAUAAUAAUUUUUAAUAAAAUAAUAAUAAA